CAUAUCACCUUCUCUUUGGCUAUAUAGCUAUACAAAAUCCAUUAUAUUCUCUUUAUCUAUAGCUUUUCUCUUUUAUUAUAAUUAAAUGGGGUCCUUUUCUUCUCCUAAUUCCCCAAAAAUUAAUCCUGAGGAUGAUUUACCAAAGAUCAGUGAAGAGAAAAAGCAAAAAAUAAUGUCUCAUGUAAUGAAUUACAAACACAAAGAAAUUAUGUCAACUUUUCCAAGAGAAAGAGAUUGGAGCCUCUACAGUGAAGAUCUCUAUCAGUACAAAGGAUUUUGGUUCAUGGGAAAAUUCCUCGACGGAAUCUUGUCGGCUCAAGAUCAGUACAAUUCUCCGUCACCCGAUGAUAUAAUCCUCGCCAGUUUCAUGAAAACCGGUACAACUUGGCUUAAAGCCCUAGCUUUUGCCAUUGUUACCCGAAACAGCUUUGAUAUUAACUCGACUAGCCCGUUGCUCAACAAGGGUCCGCAUGAUUGCGUGCCUUUUCUAGACGUUGAUCUUGCGAAAGACUCGAGCAAUCGAGACAUGUCGAUGCCACUUGUGGGCACACACAUGCCUUAUUCUUGUCUGCCGAAGUCAAUUCUUGAAUCUGGUUGUAAAAUUGUUUAUAUAUGGAGAGAUCCUAAGGAUGUGUUCAUUUCCAUGUGGUUUUUUCUUGCAAAGCUGAUGAAACUGAUGGGUUGCAAACCGGUUUCUUUAGAAGAAGCUUUCGAGUUCUUUUGUAAUGGAGUGGUAACGUACGGGCCGUACUGGGAUCAUGUCUUAAGUUACUGGAAGGCCAAACAAGAGUUUCCUGAGAAAAUAUUGUUCUUGAAAUAUGAAGAAAUGAAAAAAGAUGAGAGUUUUUACGUGAAGAAAUUAGCAGAGUUCAUGGGUUAUUCUUUUAGUUCGGAAGAAGAAGAGAACGGAGUUAUGCAGAAGAUUAUAGAGAUGUGUAGUUUUGAUAAUUUAAGCAAUCUUGAGGUGAAUAAAAAUGGAGGGUAUAGGGAGGAUAAAUCACCAUUGGCCAUGAAGAACAACGUAUUCUUUAGAAAAGGUGAGGUGGGUGAUUGGAAAAAUCAUUUGACAGCUGAAAUGGGUGCUCGUUUAGAUGAGAUUAUGGAGCAGAAGCUAAUGGAUUCUGGCUUUAGGACUAUGAUUCUUGAUUAAUGCUAUAGUUUACAUAAUGUUUAUUGUUGUUAUUAUUAUCAUUAUUUUAUGUAUUUUUAUUAUAGUGGGAAGGGGGACCUAAUAUAUGGGUAAUUGUUUUUUAUUUAUUAUUAUUUUGGUAGUCGCUUUUUGUAAUAACCGGCACCGUCAUGAUAUAAGUUUUCAAUGUGUAAUGUGUGAUCCGUCGAAAUCUCGAUGUGACACGUGAUGUAUUUGAUGUAACAGUCGUUUGAAUUAUGUGUGAAUACCAUAUGAAUUAGUAUUAAUGAUAA